AUGCGUCGUGUUGGACUACGUUUUGUAUUAGCUGCUAUUGGUUUAUCUAUAUUUUGUAUUUUAGUAGUAUUUGUAACUAGUAAUUCAAGAGAUGAUAUUCAUGAAAAACUAUCUCAACCAGCUAAAUGUGAUUGUCCAUUGACAAAAGAUGCACCUUCAAUCGUACCUGUAUUAUCAUCAACUGUUAUUAAACCUAAGUCAUGUAUAGAAGUUCAAAAUACAUCUGCUGUAAAACGUGCUAUUGUUAUUUUUUAUCCACAUCAUCAAAGUGAAUAUUUCUUUCCAGAAGUUCGAUGGCUUUAUCGUUCAUGGUAUGAAAUGUUACGUAGUCAGCCUUUAACAUGGCGAACGGAUUUUGUGAUAUUUACAUAUAAUUUUUCUACUGAAUUUCGAAGUCUUGGUUGUGUCAAUCGUAUACGUCAAAAUGCAGAAGAACCAUCGAUGUGUCGUCUUUUUCUUUAUGUACCAAUACAAUUUCGUACGAGUGAAAUGAUAAAGAAUAAUUUUCAGAAUGCAUUUAAUGAUGCAAAACGUGUUAUGGCAUCAUAUAAAGAUAUGAAAGAUCCAUUCAUUGGUAUUCCAAUAGUAGCAGAUACAGACACAUUUCAUGCUAAACGUUCACAAUCUUUAUAUGACGAUCUUCGUUCAUAUGGUUAUGUUGACUCAAUAAAUACAAUCUAUGAAGGUUAUCCAGUAUUUAAAAUAUAUGAUUUUAUUCUACGAACUGAUAUUGAUGUUUUUAUUUAUCGUCAUUUUGCAAAUUAUAUUCCCAAAAAUUGUACUCUAAUUACCGGUGGUGGUGGUUAUGGAACGGAUUUUAAUCGUCGGAAACUGAGACGUAUUGCUCAUGAUAUGGGUUUUGCGCAUGCUAAUAUAAGUGGGAUGGGUUCUACCUGGUAUGGUUCACCCUACGAUGGAUAUUUAGUUGCUAAUAACACAUUAGAGGGUAUGUUAUGGCUAGCACAAAAUGAAUUUGCUACACCAGAAAGAGAAUCUAAAUUGGGAACAUUAAUGUGGCCGGAAUGGCAUUAUGGUGUUUUACUUUUAUAUGGUCAACAUUUAGCAUUAAAUCAUUUAGUUGCUACAAAUCAAAUUCGAAUUGUAAUAGGUCAUAAUCUUCUUGAUCAAUCAACAACAGAUAAAAGUACGGACUAUGUUCAAAAAGGUACACUCCUUAAUUUACAUUGUUGGCAUACGGAUGAACGUUUUUCAAAAUUUGCUUUUAAAAUGGGUCACUACAAUCAAACUGACUUACAAAAAUUUAAAAAUGAUACAACCGCUCAGGCCUAUGCAAUGCGAAUGGCACUUGAAUCAAAAUAUAUGACACUUGAAGAAUUGGCAGCAAAUGUCAGAAAUAUUUCUAAGGCAUCCUAA